AUGCGUCGCGCGCUCGCGUCCUCGCGCCUGGCGCUUGGCGCGGGGCGACGGACGCGUGGACGGUGGGGGGAUUCGAGUCGUCCGUGGACGCGUCGCGCGUCGUCGUUCGGGGAAACACCGCCGGAUGAUUUACGACGGCUCGGUCGACCGGAACGGGAUUUCUUCCGAUUUGACGUUAUUCACGAGAGUAAACGCUCGCGAGCGCGCGUGGGGGAGAUACGGACCCCGCAUGGAGUCGUGCGCACGCCUGGAUUCGUCUCCGUCGGGACGAACGCGGCGUUGAAGGCGGUGCAUCACGAAACGUUGGACGCGGCGGGUUUGGAUUUGAUGUUCGCGAACACGUAUCAUUUGAUGCUCCAGCCUGGGGCGGAGACGGUGGAAGCGUUGGGUGGGGUGCACGAGAUGAUGGGACGGCGUCGACCGACGAUCACGGACAGCGGGGGGUUUCAGGUGUUCUCGCUCGGGACGCCGGAGAGGCGGAGCGAGGCGAAAGAGUUGAAAUCGAGGAAUCCGACAAAGCAUCGUCGAGAGAAUUUGUUGCUCGAAGUGAGCGAGGAGGGUGCGAUGUUUCGGUCGUAUCGCGACGGGACGAAGAUGACAUUGACGCCGGAGAGCAGCGUGGCGGCGCAGAAGGCGAUAGGAGCGGACAUUAUUAUACCGUUGGACGAGUUGCCACCGUACGACAUUGACGACAACGCGCUUCGGGAGAGCGUUGCGAGGUCGCAUCGGUGGAUGACGAGAAGCCUGCGCGCGCAUCUGAGCGAUGUGCGUCAACAGGCGAUGUACGGUGUCGUGCACGGAGGCGUGGAUAGGGAUCUGAGGAGAGCUUCGGUGGAGUAUUUGAGCGCAUUACCGUUCGACGGGAUGGCCAUCGGUGGUUCGCUCGGCAGAGACUCAACCGAGCUAGGGAGUUUGCUCGAGUUCUUGAUGCCUCUCAUGCCAAAAGACAUGCCAAAUCACCUCCUUGGGAUCUCGGACGUGGAAAACGUCGAUCGCGCGGUCAUGCUUGGCGUCGAUACGUUUGACAGCGCGUAUACGACGCAGGUGGCGCGUCACGGAACUCUGUUCACGCACUCGCGAGGACGAAUCAACUUUCGCCGCGCCGAGUUCCGGAGAUCCCGUGAGCCUGCAUGUCACGAGUGCGAUUGCACCCUGUGCAGCAAGCACUCUUUGGGCUACCUCCACCACCUCGACCGCGCGAACGAGCCGCUGGCCUGGACGCUCGCGAGCGAGCACAACCUGUUUUACAUGGGGCAAAAGAUGGCGCGCGUCCGCGAGCGCAUCCUCAACGACGAAAUCUAG